CUGCGUUAGUGAGUGAAUGUGUGAGAGAGAGAGCGUGAGAGAGAGCCUGAGAGAGAGCCUGAGAGACACCGCUCUCCCGGCGAGAGAGACUCGGAGAGAGCACUGCUUAAGCUGAGGGAGAGUUCAGUUCACACACUAGUGUUGGAUGUAUUGCUACUCGCAUUUAAAGUGCAUUCACUCUGUGUUGACACCAAUCGAUGCACCACUCAAUCAAUUGUCUCCACUAUUCACACCAAUUACCACUCAAUCAAGACAUUCAUCUGAUUCAAGACAUCACCACCGCUGCCAUCAGUGUCCAAAGUAUCACCGCGAGUACCAGUGAUCACUCGCAUGGUUUGCAUCCCAUUGUGCGGCCCAUCGCUCGCACCACUCAUUUGCGUGACAUUUGUUUACACGACUAGUCGUCGUCUCCAAUGAUCACCACUAAUGAAAUCUCAAGACAUCCACUCAAUUGUCUCAUAACUUAUUGAAUCCAUUCGUACUCCCAUUGAGCGCUCAGUCGGUCACUCGUAGUGUCCGUUCAUAUCAACUGUCAAUUGAUUUGCGAAUCAAAAAGCAAUCCAUUGGUCGGUCGCGAAGACACCACAAGACAUGAACUCUAACCCAAAGCGCGGCAACAAAACGCGUCCUCAGAUGACGUCCCACACCAACAACAACUCGUCGCUGCAGAACAUAAACACAAAGUCGUCUCAAAUGCGCCAAAAGUCUGGGCCCGUAGUGGAGAGGGCGGCCACUCCGGAGGGCGUCUACCAUAACGGCCGAGUCAUGCACUGCACCACAUCUCUGGUCGGAUGUCUCGUUCACAUCGAGACCAAAGACGGCAACAAAUAUGAAGGCGUUCUCCGCACCUUCUCUCCCGAUUUUGAACUGGUGAUCGACUACGUGACCAAACUCGAGGCCAACUUCACGCCAAUUAUCGGCAAUAUCGGCACUCUAUUGGCCAGUCUUCAGGCCGACAAUCAGGUCUCCCAUCGAGUAAUCUUCCACUUCCCGGAUGUCGUCAAACUCCACGCCAUUAACGUUGACUUAAACUACGCCACAAAUAAAGGACAUAUGAUGACUGACACAGAGAUCAGUCGAUUUGAUUCGCGGCAAUUGAGUCGAGACAAGGAGUUGGUUCCCUGGGAUGGAGGGGCCGGCGAUAGUGGCGAUGAACUGGGCGACGAGCCCUCAGCCAAUGGUCUGUCCGCACAAAACGGUUGGACCGCCGAAGACAUGUUUCGCGUGAAUGAGAGCCGAUUCGCUGUGAAGAGUGACUUCAACCCCACUCUCGAACAAUACACGUGUCCACUGCCUCAGGGAGAGGGCGAGGAGUAUGAAGAGAGGGACAGGAAGGCCUCGCAGUUGGCCGCAGUUAUAGAGGGCGAUCCGUCCCGUCAGGAACGGUAUAACAAAGAGAAUGAUGACGACGAGGAGGCGUACAGCGCUGUGGUCAGGCCUACGGAGACGACCAGUAGUAACCAACACAACAGUCGCGGCUCACGCGGUAGUGGGGGCGGUGGUGGUGGUGGCGGUCGAAUGCCAAGGAAUAAUUCAAACUAUAGCAACAAUAGCGGCCCUCCCGGUGCUAGAAGUGGCGGUCGCAGUGGUCCGUCGUCGGGGCCACUGAUGACCUCUUCGCCGGCAUUCCAUAACAAGAACUCCGGUUAUAACAAGCAGUUUGUGAACACGACGUCCAACGCAAACAUGGGUCCGCCCUAUAAGUCGCAGUCCUAUCGGGAGGAUCAGGUGUCCAACUAUGGGCCGCCCUCUGGCUAUAACUACUCGAAGCACGACUCGGAGGACUCUCCGACAGCCCAUACGGCGCCCCCCGGACACCAGAACCCACUUCCGCAGCGAAGUAUCGAUAGUAACCGACGACAGCCCCCGACGUCUGGCAAACGCAAAGAGGAGCUCAACUCUGACCCCAAAUAUAGCAAUGAGUAUAAGUCAACGCCGGAGCUCAGGGAUAGGGACGUGACCGACAAGGGCGACAAACCAGACUCGGUUGACUCGCCGCCGUCUACUGGCGCCGCCUCCGAGCCAGAGGUCGCCAAGAAGUCUACUCUCAAUCCGAAUGCAAAAUCAUUUACACCGCGCCUACCGAUGACGCCCAUCAACCCGUCGGCCACACCGCCGUCCGUGUCGUCGACGCCGUCAUCGACAAUGUCAAUGCCCAUCACCGGACAGAUGACACACCAGGUCCUGCAGCCGGCGCACAGUAUGGGACAACAGUCACACGUGGCGGCCGUUACGCAAUCACACGCCACGCGAUUCACGAACCCAUUAAUGCAAAUGCAGACCCUGUAUAACGUCAACCCCCAGGGGCUCACCAUGUCCUUAGGCAACCCCUAUUUAAUUCAAAACAUGGCGGCAAUGGCGCCCACGUAUGCCGGCGCCCAGUCUAACCCCUCCCAGCAGCGGACGUUUCGCACGAAAGCUCCGCAACAACAGUACACUCACGCCGUGAGACACGACUUCCCGCAACAGACGGCACACGUGGCGGCUGCCGUCACCGGACACCCGGUGUUGGCCACGGGACCCAUGGGUACGGCUCAACAGUCCAUUGGCCCCACAGUCAGCUACCAGCAGACUAUGGUCAACAACGCCAACCCCCAGCACAUGUACACUCCGCACAUGUACACCCCUUUCCACCCCCGGAUGAAUGUGAAUGUAUUACAGCAACACUCGGGUGGGAUGCAGAUGGCGAUGCCUCAGGCCGUCCAAUACGACCCCUCACAACUCCAACACAUAUACGCAACCGGUGUACAGCUCCAGCACUUAGUAUCUCAACCGCACCAACACAUGACAAACAGCGGCCCUCACUCGGGCCACAGUACCCCGCAGUCGGCGACGCCAACCACUCCACUGCACGGCGGGCCGGCCCCCUCUCCCGUUCAUCAUCAGCCCAACCAACCGCCUACUCCGACGCCACAGCAGGCGGUCAUGUACGCCAACGUGACGUCGCCCCACAACCAGAACCCGGGACACCACCAGAGCUCAGGUGCGCCCUAUCCUAACAUUGUGCUCCUGCCUACUGGCCAGGCAAUGGCCGGCGGGCACCAUAGCGGUGGUCACGGGGCGCCCCUACACCCAGCACACGCUUUAAGUCAUAAUUCAACGCAAGCUAACCAUCACAACCCAGGUGGACCGCCCACUGCUAUACUCCCCGUACAACUAAUUGCUAGCUCUAAUGCCGCCAAUUACAAUGCCAGCGCCGGUACGUAAUCCGCCGAGAUGUAGUGGCCAUUGAGACGAGUCUAAUAUUUUGUGUAUAUCUCUCUCUCUCCAUCCCUUUCCCCACUACAGGCGUCUAAAGAUAGCGUUUAUUAGUUUAAAAAAUUAUAUUAAAAUCUAUGAAUAAGUAAAUUAGGAUUCGAUGGCAUUUCAACUCCAAUUGAAACGAAAAAAUUUCAUUUUUAAAUCAAUUGAAAAC